UACCUGAUAUGUUUUUAUCAAUUGUAGAUAAAUUUUCUAAGUUUGGCGCAAUCAUUCCAAUUAAAUCAAGGCAGAUACAGGACGUUCGGAAGGCUCUGUUGAAAUACUUCAGCACACACGGAAAACCUCAACUCAUCGUGAGCGACAACGAACCAGCCAUGAGGUCAAUUGAAGUCAGGGGACUUCUCAACGAUUUAAAUGUUCAAAUAUAUUUUACACCUACAAAUUGCAGCGAAACGAAUGGCACUGUCGAAAGAUUCCAUUCUACACUCGCUGAGAUUUUUAGGUGUAUCAGAUCAAAAUACGAACAGUUAUCUAACAAGGAAGUAUUUCGUAUUGCUUGUACCCUGUAUAAUGAAACCAUUCAUUCAGCUACAAAAUUGAAACCACGGGAAAUCUUCUUUGCCAUCAGAGAUGGUGACGACAGACAUCUCGACGUGAAUCAAAUGAUCGAAAGUCGGAACAAAAUGUACGAUGAAGUUGUCUUACAAUUACAAAAAACGCAACAUAAAACAAUUGAACAACAUAACAAUCAUCGCGAGGUCCAACCGAUUUUGCAGCCGAACGAAGAAGUUUUCCAGAAAGUCCAGGGAAUACGGAAUAAGACCAAUCCAAAGUACCUUCCGGUUCAAGUCGUCGAGGAUCAUACUAGAACCUUCAUUGACGACUCGGGUCGAAAGCUACACAAAAAUAAUCUUAAAAGAAUAUGAGACACUCACACUCACACUUUUCUUUCCACAGAAUUCUCGUCAAACCCUGGCAAACGGAAAAAAUUCAACUACCCAUGCUUACACUCCUGCUCAUCCUAUCAAUGAACACCCCAUCCCAAAACCAAGUCCUACAGAUUAAUGAUAUUACCAACAACGCAGGAGCGUUGAUACUGCAAGAGGGAGAAGGGAGGAUAAUAGACGGUUACGACAGGUUGCUGCAUGUGAUUGACUUUGUAAAACUAGAAACAUCUGUGUUAUUUAUCGAAAACAUGAUUGGUCAGUUACAGAGUUCACCUAGUGACUUUUCGGACAUUAUAAAAAUGAAAUUGAAUGAAAUCAGAUUCCUUUUUAAUAUGCUACAAGUUAAACCAAACAGAAACAAAAGAGCAAUUAAUAUGUUAGGCAGUACAAUUAAAUUUAUCACCGGAAACUUAGAUGCAGACGAUCUAGCACUGAUUAACAGCAACCUAGACGAGCUUAGAAAAUCUGGAAACACUAUCAUAAAGCAAAAUAACAGGCAGAUAAAAAUUAAUACUAAAUUCGAAAACAGAAUAAACAUUAUGACAGAUCAAAUUAAAAACCAACAGAAUGCCCUAAAUAGUAUUCUUAAAGAUAAUGAUUACAUCAUUAGCGAAAACCAGAAAAUUCAAAUUGUCUUUCAACUAAACACAUUUAUAGAAACUCUAAAAUCAAUCGAAUACGCUAUCUUGCUUACUAAACUAAACAUUAUAAGUAAACUAAUUCUUACACCAAAAGAAAUUGAUCUAAUAGCACAGGAGAUUUCAAGCCAAGGUUUAGAAAUUCACAGCCUCGACGACACCAACAACUAUCUCACCACCAGCACCCUAUAUAGCGAAUCAACCCUCAUCAUCAGCGUUAACAUACCACGACUUCUUCCAAUCACAUACCGGAAAGUGAGCAUCGAACCUUUGCCAAUACUGAACCAUACAGCCAAACUGAUGCAUAAUGAAGUCUUAAUGAACUCAAAUCAAAUCUUAGCGAUUGUUUCAAAAUGCCAACAAAACCGCAAAGUUACUUUAUGCGAAAGAAGACAGGUAAUCGACAUUAGCGAAAACCCGUGUGAAGCCGCAUUAUUGCGAGGACGUUUUGGACAUUGUAAUCUCGUGGAAAAACCUCCAACCACAGAAGUAAGAGAAAUAGCCCCAGUUACAAUUUUUGGAAUCAUCAAAUACCAGCAGUUCGCGAAAACAGGUAAUUGCUCGGGACGAGCAAUACUUGCGCAAGGAGCAGUUAACGACGAAACCAAAUCUCAAAGUUUAACCGGCACAGGCCCAGGAAUCCGCGGCGUCAGCAGACAACAGGAAAUAACUCCAACGUCGAACGGCGAAGCCACAAGCAGGUGUCCAAACGCUAGGCGCACGUUAUGUGCUAAGUCAGGGAUUUAG